GUUGUGUUGCUUUCUUCCUCUCAGCUAUUCUCUCUCUGCAAUGUCACCAGCCAUGGCCUCCGACAUUUCUACAUGGACCCCCGAGACUGUGCUCUCUACCCUCCCCUACCGCCCAGAGGAGAACUCUACGUCACCUGUCCCCUUCUUCCACUUGAUCGAGCACCUUAAGACCACCAAGCGCGAGGGCUGGCGCCGUUUUGGCAUCAAUGGCGAGUCCAUCUCGGACCAUAUGUAUCGCAUGUCGAUCAUGACGAUGAUGGCCCCGCCGUCCCUAGCAACCAAGAUCAACAUCCCGCACUGCACAAAGAUGGCCUUGGUCCACGAUAUGGCUGAGGCGCUUGUCGGCGAUAUCACUCCAGUCGACUACCAUAUCACUAAGGCCGAGAAGGCUCGUCGUGAAGCCUCCGUUAUGGACUACAUCGCCACUACCCUGCUCGGCAAUGUCCCCGGAGGCACCUUUUCGGGCGGGAAAAUCAAGGAAAUCUUUGAGGAAUACGAGAGGGACGAAACUCUUGAGGCCCACUUUGUGCAUGAUAUCGACAAGAUGGAGCUGCUGUUGCAGAUGGUUGAGUAUGAGCGCUCGAAUGAGGUUGAUCUCACCGAAUUCACCCACGUUGCCUCGCGCAUUCGGUUGCCCGAGAUUCAGGCCUGGGCUGCGGAAGUAAUCCAGGAGAGACCUAAGAAAGCAUAAAUAUGCAUGCGGUUUACGCGUAAUUGCAGGAAAUGGGUGAUGGGGGAGUCUGGCAUGCACUGGGCUUAUCAUCUAAGAGACCCAUUGCGUUUUCGGCGUUUGUUUCUUCACUUUUAUCAUUGCG